CCCUCAUUUUCCAUUUUCACCCCAAGAGUUCCAUCAUUUACGAGCCUAUACCCUCCCUGAUCUUUGUUCAUCGCGCAGCCGCUGCAUUGCAGAACCCCCGUCGCAGCCUCCGGCGGCCGUAAAUCCUCCGAAUCCGGUACCGAUUCUUGCUUUCGUCUAGGACUACCAUCUCUCUCCUCAACUUGGACCUUGCUCUCCGCAAAACUUAAAAAGUUGCUGGUGUCUUCUGGAGAACUUUUGGAUAAUCGCUGGUCAUGAUACUGAGCAACAACUUAAGCUGCAAAACCCAUUAUGAGAUAAUUGGUGCGAAGGAAGAUGCUAGCCUAGAAGAAAUCCGUAAAAGUUACCGGUCUGCCAUUCUCAAUUUCCAUCCAGAUAAACUGCAGAAACCAUCUGAAACGUCCAAUCCUGAAAGCGUGAUGGGGAAUCAAUUUUUAGAGGUGCAAAAGGCCUGGGAAGUCCUUGGUGAUCCAAGAUCUCGGGCGCUUUAUGACAAUGAACUGAGAACAUUGAGACAGGAUGUUAUAACUGCAGAAGACAUAAGCUUAGAGGAUAUGGCUAUUGAAGAUGUUGGUGGUUGUUUGGAACUAUCCUACCGUUGCAGGUGUGGUGAUUUCUUCUCAAUUGAUUCUUCUGAGUUGGCAGAAAUGGGCCAUCCAUUUUCCAGGGAUGGGAAUGGAAUUUCUUUACAGGCACCCUCGUCUUUACCUGCAUCCAUCAUUCUUCCAUGUGGGUCUUGCUCUCUCAAAAUCCGACUUGUCAUUGAUGCCGAUUUUAAACUCCCGUCUGAACCGAAUAGUUGAUUAUCCCCUUUUCUCUGUUGCCCUUUUUGAUGCAUCAGUAAUUUUGACAGGUAAUCUGAUGCUUAAUUUACACUAUAAUCUCCUGAUAUCCAUGACAAGAAUUUGGUUUUGUUGUUA